AUGGAAGUCAAAGAUAUUUUUGUUCAAAUUGGAACUAUAAUUGUGUUUUUACUAGAGUUUUUCUUUAGAAACUCCAUAACUUUGAUUGUUCAUGCCCAUAAGAAUUAUCCAGACAUUACUAAUGUUAUAUUUUUCAUACUUGGAGUGUAUAUCAUAUAUAAAAUACUAGUCAGAACCCUUAGAUCCUGGUUUAAUUUUAUGAUAUUCACAAUCAAGUUGAUAUUUGUUUUGUUUUUCGUUUUUCUUGUAUUUGUCAUAUAUUUACGUGGUUGGGAAACAUUCAUUUAUCAAGAUGUCCCAUUUUUGAAAAAAUCUUUUGGUCACUUGAAGGCAUUUAAUGAUAGUACAACAAAGAAUGGGGGGUUUGGCUUUAGUAAUAUUCUAAAUUUUGCUACACAGUUCAAUUUGAAUGAUAUCAAGUCGAUAUUUACCAAUGUUGAAAAAAACAUUAAAGAAAACUUGGAUGAAUCAUCGGAAUAUUUUGAAUAUAUUAAUAGCCAAUUUGGGAAUGGAAAUGGGAAUGAGCCUGAUUAUGACAACAUCCAGAAAUUAGUAGAAGAAGGUAUUGGUUAUUUACAAGAAAAUGUUGAUUUGAAUGCAUUACGAAACAAUAUUCAGGACAUAUUGAAUGGGCAUCAAAACUAA